UCACAGGUACGUGCUGGGCCACGAGGCCAUGAAGCGCAUGCAGACCUCCAACGUGCUGGUGUCGGGGCUGCGGGGGCUCGGCGUGGAGGUGGCCAAGAACCUGGUGCUGGGGGGAGUCAAGUCUGUCACCCUGCACGAUCCCCACCCUGCGGCCUGGACAGACCUCGCCUCCCAGUUCUACCUGCGAGAGGAGGACGUGGGGCAGAGCCGGGCGGAGGCGACGCUGCCGCGCCUGGCGGAGCUCAACUCCUACGUGGCCGUGACCAGCACGCGGGAGCCGCUGUCCCAGGAGCUGCUGGCGCCCUUCCAGGUGGUGGUCCUGACCAACUCCCCCCUGGAGGAGCAGCUCUGGGUCGGCGACUUCUGCCACAGCCACGGCAUCAAACUGGUGGUGGCCGACACGCGCGGGCUCUUCGGGCAGCUGUUCUGUGACUUUGGGGACGACAUGGUGGUGACAGACCCCAACGGGGAGCAGCCCCUCAGCGCCAUGGUCUCCAUGGUGACCAAGGGGUGCCCCGGGGAGGUGACGUGUCUGGACGAGGCGCGUCAUGGCUUCGAGACGGGUGACUUUGUCACCUUCACUGAGGUGGAGGGGAUGGAGGAGCUGAAUCGCUGCGGCCCCGUCGAGAUCCGCGUCCUCGGGCCAUACACCUUCAGCAUCGGGGACACCAGCGGGUUCGGGGACUACGUGCGGGGGGGCAUCGUCACCCAGGUCAAGAUGCCCAAGCACAUCCACUUCAAGCGGUUCCGGGACGCUCUGGCUGAGCCGGAGAUGAUGGUGACGGAUUUUGGGAAGGUCGAGAGACCCUCGAUGAUGCACUGGGGGUGGCAGGGACUGCACCGCUUCAUGCGCCAGCACGGCCGCCCCCCCCGGCCCCGCCACCAGGGUGACGCGGCCGAGGUGGUGGCCCUGACCCGGGAAGUGGCCGCGGGGGCGGAGCUGGACGAGGAACUGGUGCGGGAAUUGGCCUUCCAGGCCACUGGGGACUUGGCUCCCGUCAACGCCUUCAUCGGGGGCCUGGCGGCGCAGGAGGUCAUGAAGGCUGUGUCGGGGAAGUUCACGCCCAUCACUCAGUGGCUUUACUUCGACGCGCUCGAGUGUCUGCCCGAGGAGAACCGCGACUCGCUGCUCACCGAGGAGCAGUGCCGGCCGCGCAACAGCCGCUACGACGGGCAGAUCGCCGUGUUCGGGGCGGAGCUGCAGGCCAAGCUGGGAGCCCAGAAGUACUUUGUGGUGGGGGCAGGGGCCAUUGGUUGUGAGCUGCUCAAGAACUUUGCGAUGGUGGGGCUGGGCUGUGGCCCCGAGGGCAGCAUCACCGUCACCGACAUGGACACCAUCGAGAAGUCCAACCUCAACCGCCAGUUCCUGUUUCGGCCCUGGGACGUCACGAAGCUGAAGUCGGAGCGGGCGGCGGCGGCGGCGCGGGAGAUGAACCCGGCGCUGCGCGUGAGCAGCCGCACCGACCGCGUGGGGCCCGACACCGAGCGCGUCUACGACGACGACUUCUUCGAGGGACUGGACGGCGUCGCCAACGCCCUGGACAACGUGGACGCCCGGCUGUACAUGGACCGGCGCUGUGUUUACUACCGGAAGCCGCUGCUGGAGUCGGGCACGUUGGGCACGAAGGGCAACGUGCAGGUGGUGAUCCCGUUCCUGAGUGAGUCGUACAGCUCCAGCCAGGACCCCCCCGAGAAGGCCAUUCCCAUCUGCACCCUCAAGAACUUCCCCAACGCCAUCGAGCACACGCUCCAGUGGGCACGUGACGAGUUCGAGGGGCUCUUCAAGCAACCGGCUGAGAACGUCAACCAGUACCUGAUGGACCCCAAGUUCCUGGAGCGGACGCUGCGCUUGGCGGGGACGCAGCCGCUGGAGGUGCUCGAGGCCGUCCAGCGCAGCCUCGUGACCGACCGGCCCCGGGCCUGGCCCGACUGCGUGGCCUGGGCCUGUCGGCACUGGCACCGCCAGUACAACAACAACAUCCGCCAGCUGCUGCACAACUUCCCCCCGGAUCAGAGAACGAACUCGGGGACUCUGUUCUGGUCGGGGCCCAAGCGCUGCCCCCACCCCCUUAUCUUUGACCCCGACAACGUGAGUUGGGCCCUGUGUGGGGAGGGGGGGCUGUCACCUG